AUGGAACCUGGUGCGUCGGGGGAGGACGCCGGACUGCUCAUGUCCUCUGGCGCGGGAGGCCGCAGCGAUCUGAGCACUCUGGAGCUGGCACAGAAACUAGCCGAGUUAGCCACUCGUACCACACUCACUGAGGAACGACUCGGCGACCUACGCAAGCUUUUGGAGACUCGGAAAAAGAAGGCCAAGAAAUACGACGUCUCCAGUCCUACAGAGGUGAUUGCCCUGCUACUAGACCGCAUCGCCUCUCUGGAACGCAGGAACGACCGCCUUGCGGACCGCAACCAGAUGCUCGAAAGCGUCUAUACACAACUUCGCAAAGUCUAA